AUGAAGACCGCCAUUUUUGCCGUGGCCGCUGCCACGCUUCUCGCCGGCAGCACCACCGCCGCUCCUGUCGCCACAGACCCGUUACCCCUCGUCUCCUUCAAGCCAAAUGCUCCCUGCAACCUGCCCCGGGGAGAAUUGGCAGCCUUUCAAGCCUGGCUCAACGACGUCCCCUUGACGGCUCAGCCGCCACAAGCCUGGAUCGCCUGCAAGGAGAAGAUUCAAAGCCGCAAGGGAGUCAAGUUUGACGGCCUCACCCCCGAGAUUACCCGUCCGCGCCGUGGGAAGUUCGGACGAAAGGGCACCGUCCAGGACGACGGGUCCGUGAAUCUGCACGUCGUCGGCACGAUCGUCCAGGAUCCCGCCGGCGGUGCCCCUAAGAUCGGUCCCGUCGCCUGUGACCCGGAGCGGCACUCUGGACCCGAGCUGAAGAUUUUCAAGUCCAAGUUCGUCAUUCCCAAGCCACGGGGCUCCACAGAGUACCUGCCCGCAGGCGGCGUCUACGAACAGGACGCCAUCGACACCGCACCCGAAGCAUCCGGCCCGUACGCCCCCGCCCCGCCGAAUUACGACCAUGGCCCGCCACAAGACGAUCAGUACGUCCCCGGUGCACAGUUCAUGCCCGUCGCCGACGUGCCCGUGCGCAGCGUGCCCCAAGACUACUAUCCCACAGCCCGCGACCCCCGCGCCUUCACCUACGAGAAGGUGGGCCAGAUCGCGCAGCAGGACGUGCAGCUGCCGCCCGUCAUCGAGCGGCGCGGCGCGCACCCCGCCGACACGGACGCCUUGUACGAGCUCGACCGCGGCAGCGCCAGACCUGUGCCGCACGAUCUGCUUCGGCACAAGGACGAGAGCGAGGCGGCGGAGCCGCGCAACAGCAUGGUGCGGGAGAUGAGCACCGACGAGGAACCCGCCAUGAUGGACGAGGUGGCGCUCGCGCCCACGACGAUGGGCGGCUUAUUUGAGCCAAUAGCCAAGCUUUUCAAGUAUUUUAAGCGGCCCAAACUCCAUGCUUCGGGGUGCAGCGUUUGGAAGCCGCGGUAUGACACAAGCAAGCAAUAUGAGACCAAGCCGCCUUACAAGGAGGUCACGCCGGAGUUUAAGAAGGCGAUGCAGGACAGCGAUGAACGCGCGAUCCUGAGGUGGAGGAACCUGUCCAAAGCAGACCUUGAGAAGAUCAGGACCCGAAAACCGCCCAAGGUGGCGCCAGGAAUGGCUGUUUCAGACGAGGUUGCUCUGCAUCUCUAA